AAAGCAAGAACUUCUCAGAUCAGUUUCCUUGCAUUGUUUGCCUGCCAUGGCGGAGACCAAUGCUACACCUGCACCAGCGGCGGCGGCGGCGGAGGAAUGCGGUAUGAGGAAGACGGUGGUGGUGGUUGGCGUGGACGACAGCGACCACAGCUACAGCGCGCUCGAGUGGGCCGUGCGGCACGUGGCGGCGGCCGCGGAUGCCGAGCUCGUCGUCGUCCACGGCAAGCCGUCCGCCUCCUCCGUCGUCACCUUCGGCAGCCCCGCAGGUGCCGGGGACGUGGUGAGGUUCGUGGAGGCGGACCUGCGCAAGAGAGCAGAGGACGUCGUCGACAGGGCGCGCCGCCUCUGCAUCGCCAACUCGGUGCACGGCCUGAUAGAGGUGAUCGAAGGUGAGCCGAGGUACGUCCUCUGCAACGCCGUCGAGAAGCACGGCGCGGAUCUGCUCGUCGUUGGAAGCCAUGGCUACGGCGCUAUCAAGAGGGCGUUUCUUGGGAGCGUGAGCGACUACUGCACCCACCACGCGCACUGCUCCGUCAUGAUAGUGAAGCAGAAUAAGCCCAAGAAAUGAUGAUUGUCACUUCCGCUGUCAAAUCGUGUCAU